ACGCCUUUGACACCUGACCAGUAUUUUCAUUUCAAUUUGAAAAAUUUAAAAGAUCGUUUUUCUAAUUUAGGAUUUUAGGAUCAGAAAUUUCAUUGUUAUUGAGUAGUAUGUCCCAUAAAAUCAAUCCAAGAGAAGUAUUGUUAUAUUUGAAUGAACUGGGGUAUACCAAUGUCACCGCUCAGCAAUUGAAAGAAUUCAUAACAGACCUGAAAAAACUGAUCAAAUAUGAGUUCAGACAUGGAAAGAUUCCGAAAUGUAUGAAUACACUGCCAUCACCACAGCCUGAUACAAACAAUGUAGAUCAUUUUUUGGAUUCCAAAGAUCUCAGUUCAAAUUCAAAACACUUGACAUCUGAAACUUCCAAUAAGCAAAAAUAUGAAGAGGAUAUUUUCCAUACACUUCAUAACCACCAUACUGUAUCUUCUAGAACCAGAACAGUUAAUACAAAGGAAAAACAUAUUUCAGUGCAUAUAACUCAACCAAGACACAAAAAAAUACAUGAGCAUUGUAUUCAUGUUGAAAGAACAUGUCCUCUUGAAAAAAAGACAAGUACUACUCUGUGUUCAUCUGAAACAAAUAUUGAAGAAUCAAAUAAAGUUGAUAGCUCAAAGACUGAGGUAGAAACAGGGACAGCAGACACUAUUGAUUGUCAACCUAUGUCAAAACAAAGUGUCAGUUGUGGUACCUCAGCCUCCAAAUCUGAGAGUAAAUCCAAGAAAUCAAAGAGUUCAGUGAUUAGAACAAGUUCCUCAAAAACUUUCAACAGAUGUGAUCCAGUUGCUUUAUAUCACCAGUAUAAAGAAGAAUGGAAAAAAAUUAAGUUUCCAGGACUGGAUCACCAUUCUGAUUUGAGGUGGGCAGUCAGAGAAAAACUCAUGAGUGGUCCUCCAGUUCAAGUACCUAUGAGAAGAAGUAGUAGUAAGAAGAAUUUCAAUGAUUUCAACCUCUUUUAAUAUAAUUAUCAUUACUAGAAAUUGAUAAGGAUAAAUAACAUAUAUUUUUUUAUUGACAAAAUAUUGAAGAAUGUUGCUCUAUCUAGUAUUUUUGUAAGAUGUAUUAAGUACAAGCUACCUGAUGAUAAGUAGAUAUAGGAGUUCAAUAAAUACUUGUUUCAUUCAUCUUUUCAUGCCAAAAUUGAUUCAUAGAAGUUAGUAUUCCAGAUAUGAUAUAUCCAAUUGAAACUUAAGGACCAGCUACAUAAAGCUAUCUGUCAAUAUGAAACUGCAUUGAUAAAAGUACCAUCACAGUUAAAAUAAAGAACAAAAAAAGAAAAGAAUGGAUGACAUCAUUGAAUUCAGUUAACAAAAAUAAUAUACCUUUUAUGAAAUUUGAA